UGCAUGGGACGUGAUUGACUCCCAAAAUUCAAAUUCCCAACUCCCACUCACCUCCUAACGUCAACAUUUCUCUCUCCAUCUGCUUCUCUCUCGCUACCUUGCCCUAACCCCUCCCUUUCUCGCUCUUCUCUAUAGGGUUUCCACUUUAGAUCUAACAAUGAAGGCAAGAAACACGAUCUUGAGAGAAGCUGAUACAACACCGACAUCGUCAUCGUCGUCCCCAAACCCUAUCUUGCUCAAAUCGAAGUCAUUGCGGAAGCAAAAGGCAUUCAAAGAGAACAAUCCACCGCCAGAUCAGGCUUCCUUAGAUUCCGAUCAGAAGCCGUCGCCUGCGGCUGUCAAAAUGAAGAGUCCGCUUCCCCCUCGUCCGCCGCCUUCCAACCCUCUCAAGCGCAAGCUCAGCGUGGACACAAUUCCUGAGAAUGUCAUCAUUGGUUCCUCGGAUUCUGGGGUUAAGGUGAUAAUGCGGGUUAGGCCACCAAAGGAUGAGGAAGAAGGAGAAACUAUAGCGAAAAGAAUUUCUAGUGACUCUUUGUCAAUCAAUGGACAAACCUUUACAUUUGACUCAGUUGCAGACAUUGAUGCAACACAGCAAGAUAUUUUCCAGCUUGUAGGAGCACCUCUUGUUGAAAACUGUCUGGCUGGAUUUAACAGUUCCGUCUUUGCUUAUGGACAGACUGGGAGUGGAAAGACUUAUACUAUGUGGGGCCCAACCAAUGCUUUGUUAGAAAAAAACUUGGGAAGUGAUCAACAAGGAUUGACACCACGUGUCUUUCAGCGGCUCUUUGCUCGCAUAAAUGAGGAGCAAAUUAAGCAUGGUGGCAAGCAACUCAAUUAUCAAUGUCGUUGUUCCUUUCUUGAGAUAUAUAAUGAACAAAUAACAGAUUUGUUGGAUCCAAGUCAACAAAACCUCCAGAUAAGAGAAGAUGUCAAAUCAGGCGUAUAUGUUGAAAAUCUAACAGAGGAAUAUGUGUGCACAACAAAAGAUGUCACUCAGCUUCUGAUAAAGGGAUUGUCUAAUAGGAGGACUGGCUCAACUAGUAUAAAUGCAGAGAGUUCCCGCUCACAUAGUGUUUUUACUUGUGCUGUUGAGUCUCGAUGCAAGAGUGUUGCAGAUGGCAUAAGCAGCUUGAAAACUAGUAGAAUAAAUCUUGUUGAUUUGGCGGGAUCAGAGCGACAAAAGCUAACUGGUGCCGCAGGGGAACGGUUGAAAGAAGCAGGGAACAUUAACCGGUCACUAUCACAGCUUGGGAACUUAAUAAAUAUUCUAGCUGAAGUUUCUCAAACGGGAAAGCAACGACACAUUCCAUAUAGAGAUUCCAGAUUGACUUUUUUACUGCAGGAAUCUCUUGGUGGCAAUGCAAAACUAGCGAUGGUCUGUGCCAUCUCUCCAGCACAAAGCUGUAAGAGUGAGACUUUCAGUACACUGAGGUUUGCACAGCGUGCAAAAGCAAUCAAGAACAAGGCAAUUGUUAAUGAAGUGAUGCAGGAAGAUGUGAAAUAUUUGCGUGAAGUGAUCAGACAGCUAAAAGAAGAAUUAAAUCGAAUGAAGGAAAAUGGGAACAACCAUCCCACAGAAUCAAAGCGAGGAUACUCAACAGAGUGGGCUCGCAGAAGUUUAAAUUUGUUAAAGCUUAGUUUGAACCGUCCAAUGAUGUUACCUUGUAUUGACGAUGAUGACGAUGUUGAAAUGGAAAUUGAUGAGGAAGCUGUGGAGAAACUCUGCAUUCAAGCACAUGUGCAAUCAGAUAGUAAAGAUCACAACACAUUGUUGAUUGAUUAUGACAAACCUAUUAGAGGAAGCCUGUGUUCAUACAAUACUGAUGAUCUUGUACAUCAAAAUGUGACAGGGGAAGGAAAAGAAAAUUCAGUGCACUUAUCUGUUGACAUACUUGGUGGUCAAUGCUCUGGACGAUCCACUGAAGAGAACAAGGUUAUGAGUUUUGCUGAAGCCAGAUUGUCCAAGGAUGAAGAUGAAUCACCAACCAAAAUUGCUGGGAGUGUCUCCUCUUGCCAAGUUUCUGAUCCUCAAAGUGAAAUUUCUGCUGGGAUUACAGAAAAUGUAGUUAGUGACUCGCAUCAUGAUUCAGUGAAUUGUGUUUCUCCGCCUUCUCUCAGUGUAGUUCCAUCUGAUGUAUCACCAGUUCUUAAAUCUCCGACUCUGAGUAUCUCCCCCAGACUAAGUGACAGCAGGAAAAGUUUGAGGACUUCAUGGGCAUUAACUGCAUCACAAAAGGAUCUCAAGGAUGAUACAAUUUUAGAUCCAGAGAAUUUACAAUUAUCGUCUGUAAAAUCCUUGAAAGGCAAGCCAAGUGUUGCACUUUCUGCUCAAGAAAAUAAGCAUUUUACACCAACCGACAAUUUGGCAGCUAGCCUCCAUCGUGGCCUCGAAAUCAUUGAUAACCAUCAACAGAGUUUGGUAUUGAAGCCAUCAUCGUUUAGGUUUUCCUUUAAACCCACAGAAACUAAGCCGAUUUUCCUUGUUGACAAAGUUAAUGUGGGCGUGCAAACUCUUCCUGAAGAUGAUGUGCAAACGAAAGAAGAUAUAUUAGUAGUCCUUUGUAGCAAUUGCAAGAGCAAAACAACGCUUGAGGAGAAAGGGGUCAAUGAUAGCUCAGACCAGCAGCUAGUACCUGUUGAUGGUCCAGAGUCUGUUGGAAAAUUCAAGAAUCAAGUUCCCAAAGCAGUGGAGAAAGUUCUGGCAGGGGCCAUCAGAAGAGAAAUGGCACUUGAAGAGUUUUGUGCUAAACAAACUGCUGAGAUAGUGCAGCUUAAUCGUUUGGUGCAACUGUACAAGCACGAAAGGGAGUGCAAUGCCUUAAUAGGGCAGACAAGGGAAGAUAAAAUUCUUCGCCUGGAGAGUCUUAUGGAUGGUAUUUUACCCACUGAGGAAUUCAUGGAGGAAGAAUUAGUGUCACUCACACAUGAACAUAAGCUUCUGAAGGAUAAAUAUGAGAAUCACCCUGAAAUUCUGCGGACGAAAGUUGAGUUGGAAAGAGCUCAAAAUGAGUUAGAACGUUAUCGGAAUUUCUAUGAAUUGGGUGAGAGGGAGGUAUUGUCGGAAGAGAUACAAGAUUUGAGAAACCAGCUAGAGUUUUAUAUAAACUCAUCCUCAUCCACUCGAAAUCGUAAUUCAAUUUUGCAUCUGACCUACUCAUGUGGGGUGACUUUGGCUCCAUCCCUUGGUAAAAUCCCCGAGUCAACUAAUGAGAGUGCUGAAGGGACACUUGAACAGGAGAGAAUUCGUUGGACUGAAGCAGAAAGUAAGUGGAUAUCUCUUGUUGAGGAAUUAAGACUUGAUCUUGAAGCUAGUCGGUCGCUAGCUGAAAAGCAAAAGCAAGAAUUGGAGACUGAGAAGAAAUGUGCAGAAGAGUUGCAAGAGGCAAUGAGGAUGGCUAUGCGGGGACAUGCCCGGAUGCUUGAACAGUAUGCAGAUUUGGAGGAAAAACAUAUUCAGUUGCUUGCAAGGCAUAGGGAGAUGCAGGAAGGAAUUGAUGAUGUUAAGAAAGCAGCUGCUAGAGCUGGAGUCAGAGGUGCUGAAUCUAGAUUCAUAAAUACCCUUGCUGCAGAAAUUUCAGCACUGAAAGUGGACAGAGAAAAAGUGAGGCGUUACUUUAGGGAUGAAAACAAAGCACUUCAGGCUCAAUUGAGGGAUACUGCUGAAGCUGUGCAGGCUGCAGGGGAAUUACUCGUUCGCCUUAAAGAAGCAGAAGAGGCUGUAAAUGUGGCCCAGACACAAGCCUUGGAAUCAAAGGAAGAGACUGAGAAGGCUUACAAAAAAAUUGAAAAGUUGAAAAGAAAGCAUGAGCAUGAAAUUAGUACCCUAAAUGGACUACUAGCUGAGUCUCGUCUACCUAAAGAAGCAACACGACCUUGCAAUGAUUCUGAUAUGGGCACGUUUGAUGCACAGAAGCCCAUUAGUACAGAAGACCAACAAUGGAAGGAGUUGGAACAUGUUUAUAACGGCGAAGAUGGGGAUUUUUCUAAACUGACCGAACCUUCGUCUUGGUUCUCUGGAUAUGAUCGAUGCAAUAUAUAGGGGAAGUUUAGAAAUAAUGUAAUAUUGUGUAUGUGUUGUAUUGUAUUGUAUGUUAGUCACCAGUUACUGGUUCUCAUACUGUGCAAUUUGUAUUUCAAACUCAUCAUAUUCUUCCAGUACAUAAGAUUAUAUCCAAUGAUUACAUUCUUUUAUU